AAACGGUGACAGAGGAACGGCGAAAGUUUUCUAUGACGAUGAGAAGUGAAUUUUUGGAUUUUUCGCGUGACAAGUUCGUUGUGAAAAAAAAGAACAAUUACUUUAUUAUUUAGAACAUUUGCAAGCAAUACAAAAUUUGUUGUGCUACUCUGUCGGCUCGGUGUCGUUGCAAGUUGGGUGUGAAAUAAAAAAAAUCAAUUGCCUCAAAGCCUCUCGACCAAUUUCAAUUUUAUUCUCUGCGUGUGCAAAAAAAAAAAGCUACGAAAAAACGAAGACGAAAAAAGUCAUCAGCGAGGAAGAAAAAGAAUAGAAAGGAAAGCGAAAAUAGCUACACGAAAAGAAACAAAAUUAAGUCAUUCAAACCACCAGGCCACGGAAAAUUAAACGACGACGACGACAACGGUCGCGUAGAAGUUGAAGAAAAUGUACAGGAACAGGGGAGGAGGAGCAGCCGCAGCAGCAGUAGUAUAAAUAAAUAGCGAAACAGCGAAAAGAAGUGUGUUGCAGCUUUGAUUGCCUGCCUGCCUUUGAUUGUUCGCAUUGCAUUGUAAUCAAGUUUCAUGCAAUAAGAAUAUCAAAGUGAAAAUCAAAUUUUCCAAAUCGAAAAGCCUCCGCGACUGGGUGGCAACACGGCUGCCACUGUGUGCGUGUGUAUAUGUUUGUGUGUGAGUGUGCCGCGUGCGACUGUGUGUGCGUGAGUGUUCCGAGUGAGUGUUGAGGCGUUCCGUUCGUUCGAAAGAGGAGGAAAAAAUAUAUUUAAAAGCGAACCGACCGUGUCUUUGUGAGGAAUUUCCGGAUAAUUGCAACAUACGUUACCAUGGAAUAUUACCUAGGAGGAUAUGUCUAUAUGAAUGGAGAUGCAGUCAAAAUCCAGCCGCCGGUCUACGCCAAUGUUCCUGUCGAAACGGCAAUGUUAGCUACCAACUUGUUCGGCCCCACAACACAGAUCGCAGCCCCAAACGCAGCAGCCCACAUACCAUUGAUCACAGCCGCACCAGCAGCCGCUGCCCCCGCUACAGUCGCAGCCGUGGCAGCGCCACAGCCCGCUCAGCUUUCACAUCAGCAUCCACAACAGGUGCAGGUUCAGGUUCAGGUGCAGCAACAGCAGCAGCCUCAUCCACACCAGCAGCAGAUUAUUGCUCAUACGCACGCCCACCAACAACACCAGCAGCAGCAGCAGCAGCAACAGUCUCCUCAGACCAUUCAGGCUCAUCCCGCACAGCACUUGCAAUACGGACAUCCGCCUCCGCCGCCACAGGCACAGGGCGUGGCUAACUCCGCAGUGGUUGUAGGAGGAGGAGGAGGAGGCGCUGCCGUUGCCAUUGCGGGUGCUGCUGCUGAGAGCAUCGAUAAUCCAGAAUUCGCCAUCAUGAAUGGAGCAAUUGGCCAGACCCAAGAUGGCACCGUCGUCUGCUACACAACCGAUGCUCUGGUACCUGGUGUUAAUAAUACGAAUUUAGUUGCAAUUGAGCCGCAACCCCAACACAUUGUAGUCCCGGUUCAGGUUCCUGUUCCUGUCCAGCUACCGGUCCCAGUGCCAGCCAAUGGACCGCUGCCCACCCAGAAUCAAGAGCUGCAGAAACAGCAGCCACAGUUACAGCAAGGUAACAACCCCAAUGUCCCAGCUGGAGACGAUCCGAAUCUGCCGAUGGACAAGCUCAAGCAAAUGCUGGCUACUCAGCUUGAGUAUUACUUUUCAAGAGAGAAUCUGGCCAAUGAUACAUACCUGCUGUCGCAGAUGGACAGCGACCAGUAUGUGCCCAUAUGGACUGUGGCCCGAUUUAAUCUUGUUAGGAAACUAAGCAAGGACAUCAAACUUAUUACUGAGGUGCUGCGUGAGUCGCCCAACGUUCAGGUGGAUGACGAGGGUCUGCGCGUGCGUCCCAAUCGCAAGCGUUGCAUCAUCAUACUGCGCGAGAUAUCCAACAACACUCCCCUCGAUGACGUCAAGGCUCUUUUCAGUAACGAGAACUGCCCAAGGCCGAUCUCCUGCGAGUUUGCUGCCAACAAUUCGUGGUACAUCACAUUCGAGUCAGACGAAGAUGCGCAAAAGGCCUUCAAGUAUCUGCGCGAGGAGGUUAAGGAGUUUCAGGGCAAGCCCAUUAUGGCACGCAUCAAGCCCAAAUCGUUUAUCAAUAGAAUACAAGCUGUACCAAAUAUUAAGAACGGCUACCGUCUCACAUCACCACCGACUGCCGCAGUGUAUGAUCCAUCUGGUGCUGGGGCUGCCGCUGUCAGCUAUGCGUCCGCCCCACAGCGUUACUUGUAUACCACCAAUGGGGCAGUCCUUGGCCCCGCCUCCGUUCCCUACAAUAAUCAGGUAGUGAUUCCGAUUCAACAGAAUCAAUUCUAUCCCGGCUUGUUGGCUGGUCCAUGGCCACCCGGCACUGUGACCACUGCCGGCCAUGGCCAGAACUUCUAUGAGAUUGGUGGAAAUAUUUAUACCGCCAAUGCAUUGGCUCCGCAGGCUGUAGCCAGCUUCGCCCCCGCACCUCCACCCACCGCACAAACGAUUGUCACAUCCAAGCCGCAGGGUGGUGGCGGCGGCCGCUACAACAACAAUAGUCACCGCGGCAAUCCCAACAAUAUGGGAGGUGGUGGCAAUUCGGGACCACGCGGCGAGCCCCGGAGCAAACCCCCGCGCAACACACAGACUCCAUCCCAUAUCCAAAGCGGCAGCAUUGUGCCCAUCCAGCUAGCGGGUGGCAUUCCCGGUGGCAUGGUGAGCGUGGUGUCUGCCAAUAUUGUGGAUCCCCUGCAACAGGCUACGCUGCAGCAGGCCCAGCAACAGCCGGUACACCAGCAGCUACAGCAGCAACAGGUGCAGCAGCCGACAAGCUCUGCCCAUGUCCAAGUCCAACAGCAGCAACAGCAGCAGCAGGCAACGGGGCAGGUGAACAACACUAAUCGUCACUACAACACCAUCAAGAGUAAUAAUUGGAAGGGUGGUAUGCAAAAGAACUUGGACAAGAGCUAUGGCGGUGCAGUGUCAACCCACCACCAUUACAGCACCCAGGCCCAGGGUCUGCCCACACAUGGCCACCAUCUACAGGCUCAGCAGCAGCAGCAACAGCAGCAGCAACAACUGCAGGGACAAUCACAGCAGCAGCAGCAGCACUAUCAUUUGGCUUCCUCAAGCGGCGCAAGCACUCCUCAGGUAUCUUAUGCCAGUCCUCAGGCUACGGCUACCUUGACGCUGGCUCCUCAGCCCAGCCAGCAACAGCAUCAUCUGGUGGCCCAUCAUGCCUCCCAGCAGCAGAGCCAGCAACCACAGCAGUCGCAGCCGCAGCAUCAGCAGCAGCAACAGCAGCAAGUUGAGCUGCAGGAGGCGGUAGAGAACGUGGAGCAUGUGUCGCAUCCAAUACAACAGGUCAAUCGCAGCAGCAACAUGUCGGCCAGCGCAUCCUCGUCGAUGGCCACAUCAAUCAGCAAGGAGCCGCUGCAAUGGCACACGCGUCCACGUCGUCGUCGUCGCGAUGAGGAGGGCGGCACAAUCAAUUAUUCUCCAAGCGGCCGAGUGGGGCUCUUUGGCACCUCACCAUCGGCGCCGCAUCAGCAGCAACAGCAACAGCAGAUGAUUUCAUCAUCCUCGUCUUCCGCCAGCAAUGUGCAGUCAGGCAACGGCGGCCCCUCCCAUCGCGGCGGUGAUCGGGAGAGCCAUUAUAAUAUUCACGAUGUACCACCACCACCUCCCCAGCACCGGGGCAACUACAAGGGCAACAACUAUAAUCCUAAUUAUCACGCCCAGCACUCGUCCAUGUCGAACAGCUCCCAUCAUCAUCACCACAACGCGCUGUCCUCGCAGCACCACCUGGCAGCGGGACAGCAGCAGGGAUCGAGUCACCACUAUCACCAUCAUCAUCACCACAACUCCAUCGGCAGCAAUCUGGGGAACAGCGGAGGAGUGGGCGUCAGCAGUGGAGCUGCAUCCGGGAGCGGCGGAUCUGCGAACAACAGCGUUUCGGGUGGAGCCAGCAGUGCGAGCAAUGAGCGUGGCCUGCAUCACGUUACUCUGGGCUAUCAGGGACACCAGCAUCAGCAGCAACAACAGCAGCAGCAGCAACAACAGCAGCCGGUGGUGCCAGUGCAGCCGCCGCAGUUUGAUCUAGAGGCAACCGCCUUCCCACCACUGCCAGCCUCGUCAGCAUCGGUAAGCACGCCACACACUCCUCAGGCCAAUAGUGCGUCCGGGCACAGCAUCAACUCGUCCUCCUCUGCGCCUGCCUUAACACAGAAACAAACUCUUCAUCAUCAGCAGCAGCAGCUAAGCGGCAGCGUGGAGACCAGCGAUGAGCAGCGUUCAAACAAUCAUCAGCAAGGUGAAGGUAUUACCCAUCUGGCUAACAGUCCGGCUGUGUCUGUAGCUGCCAACAACUGGUCCGAGAACCGCCUCUCGGACGUGGUCCGCACUGGCGGUGGUGGUGGCGGCGGCGGAGGAGCCAAAGGCAAGGCUCGCAAGGAGACUGUUCAAAGCAAGCACCAUCCGAAUCAGACCCAGCUGCAGCAGCAGCAACCGCCACCACAGCCGCAGCAACAGCCGCAUUUGCCUCCCAACUUCCAGCAGCAUCAGCGAAAUGUGCCGGUCAGUCCCACGCCCGCCGCUGUGGAGUACGCUCCCGUCGAGGGCAACAAUACUAAAAACGUUACUAAGCAGAGCUCCAGUAACAGUUCGACCCAUGUGAUAAAGUGUCUAACACCAAAUAUCAAUGCCAGCAGCAAGGACGAGGCAGCCGCAGCCGGAGUCGGGGUAGGAGCCGGACCUGGUGCUGCCCAGCAGCUGGAUAAACCAAACAAGACUGAGGAUGAAAUGCAUCCAAAGCAGCCGCUGCUGCAGCAGCAUCCGCCACAACGUCUGGCCGAAGCCUACGUCCAGACUGUGCAACAGCAGCAGCAGCAGCUGCCGCCGCAACCGCUGGCUGCCCACAACGAUUAUGCACGGGGUGCGGGGCCAAUCACUGCUGUGACCGCGGGCGCUGGCGCCUGCAGUGUUGCGACAGUUGCGACCGGUUUGACCGCCAGCCUGGCCGAGUGCAGCCUCAGCCAGCACAAGAAACCGCCCUCCGUUGCCGCCCUGCACGCCAAGAAGGAGGCAAGCCUGACCAAGGAUCCAGCUAGCAAGAAGAGCGUUGCCACCUCCACAUCGAACGAGAACAUUGCCGCCGCCGCGGCCAGCAAGCUGAGCUAUGCCCAGGUGGCCCAGCAUCACAAGGCCUCCACGGACAGCAAGGAUGGAAGUGGCUCCACGGGCACCCUUUCGCCCACUGGCAGCCACAAGAUGGACCUAGUCUUCGGUGAUCCCUCCACAAUCGCUGCCGCCGUGGAGAAGAGUGUGGUCGCCACCGAGAAGCGUAUAGCAGGAGGAGCCUCCCCGGCCGUUAAUGCUGUACCCUCUGGCAAAGCUGCCAGCGGCUCACAGACCAUUAAUUCAGCUCAAGGUAGCAAUGCCGUCGGUGUCAAGGAGAAAGAUGCCCGCUCCCAUGCCUCACCCAUGGCCGGUGGUGGACGCCACCAGAGCAAGGAGAAACACCAACACCAGCAACAACAACAACAACAUCAUCAGCAACAUUAUAGCUCUGGGACAGAGCACAACACCAAUGCCAAUGUAGGCUCGGGGACUAGCGGCAACCGCAAGUCCAGGGCCCACAACAACUCUUAGGGGAAGGGAAAGUCGUUGCCAAAAACGUGGCAACUGUGAGAGAGACCUUUUUGCAGGAUGCCCCAGAUAAUGCAUCUAUCUGCCUGUAAAUAUAUGAAAUUCCAUGUGUAAAUACCAAAACAAUUUUUGUUACAUCUAUAAGUGCGCUAUGCUAUAGAUAUUUACCAGCUAACUAAGGAGGCAUACAAAAGCUUUCGCUGCUGCUCAAGAAAGAAAGGAGAAGAUGUUGGAGUAGCAGGCGAAGCUUGGACCAGUUAUCAUAUUAGUAGGCAAAGGAAUAGAGGAAUAAUGAAUGGUGCAUACCCCUUUCUCCAGCUAUUUACCUGCAUGUAUAUGUAUUUAAACAUAUAUAUAUAUAUGUAUAUGUUUAAUCAGUUAUCGGUUAAUGUUGAUCUACGUCUUUACCUAAGCUUGAGGGGUACACCGUGGACUAGAGCAGCGAUGAUAUUUGCAGAAUAACGAAUGGAUGAAUGGAUAUUGGAGAGAGGAUAAGUGUAGACGAAGAGAUGAAUAUGCCUAAGCUACGAUUACGAUUAGCAUUAAUGUUUACCGAGUGAAUAAGUCUAAGUUUUGAUUUUAGUUAGCCAACUUGCAUCGAACGACAAAACAGAGCAAAAGAAACGAUUACACAAAUUGUAAACGAUUUUACUGAUAAAUUACUGAUGAAACUCAUGCAUCAUGAAUCAUACAUACGUUGGUUACGUUACGUUAUUAUCUACGUUUAGUAAUUCAUUAUUUUCAUUUUGCUUACACUCACACACGACACACCAUACGACACAACAUAAUACACACGACACACACCAUUCACAUCAAACUUAAUGUUUACAGCCAAAACAGAAGUACACAGAUACGAGUAUAUGGCGUAUAUGUUAUCUAUAUACAUAGCUAUGUCUCCGCUAGUCCCACAAGUUAGGGUUACUUCUAUUAAUUAGAUAUAUACGCGUAUGCAUACAUUAUAUACAUAUAUUGAUAUAUUGUUUUGAACCAUUUUUCAACCACAUUUUAUCAGUUGGUCUUGUUUGAGCAAAUGGUUUAUUAUUUUUUUUUUUACCCAAAAUGAUUUAUUGAAGUGAAGUGGAUUCUCGUACUUAGUUCACGACAUAAGGGAUCCUUUUACACACGGAACAUACCCUUGGCCACAAACACCACACUCACCCACCCAUCCCUACACACCUGAGUAUAUCCUUCAUUUAGAUACUUAUGAGAAUAACUUAUAUAUUUUAAAAUUGCAUUUGUUUCCACACGAUGAAUGGCAAUUUUCUCAGUUUGAUGGUUUCACGUCUAUUUCAAGAAGCAAAGAAAAGAAAAGCGGAAAAUGAUUCUUAAUCAAAGUUAGUGCAUUGCUAAAGCAACUAAACUCUAUCCCUAUAAAGCGUAGGUGGACACGGCCACAGCUCAGCUCAGCUCGGCUCGGCAGACACUAUCCAAUGUUAUAUUUACAAACUCUGUAUUGUAUAUAAAAGCCUACAAAAAAUGUAUUCUACACUCAACUCACCAAAACACACACAAAAUACACUCUAUAUACAAAAAGGUGCCAUAACACUAUAAUGAAAUGAAAAUAAAACACUCACACACGAAAUUCUACGAGGUUUAGGACAACACAAAUAGGCAUUUAAAAACAGAAUCUUUUCUUAUGUUAAACUAUCUCUCAAUUUAUAAUGCUACCAACCAACACCCAUCUAAAUAAUGAUGCUCAUUAUCGAUUUUGGUUUCCUUUUUACGCACAAAAAUACAAACAAAUGAAUUACGAUUUAUUCGAGAAGCAUGUUAUUUGUUCCCUAAUGCAUAACCAUCAUCCAUUGGCAACAGGAGUAGACUAGGAGCAGGAGGAGGAAUAAUCAGUAGUUUUAAGAGAGCGUACACGCGAUAUAUAAAUGUGUGCGCAUAAAUAGAGAGAGAUACAAAUACAAAUAUAUAUUUAAAUAUAUAUAUUACAAAACUACUCUAGGCCUAAGAAUUAAGUUUAGAAAUGCGUAUGGAAUAUUCACACUUAACUGCAAGGAAUAUUCAAAUCUUUUCUUUCUCUAUUUUUUUUUUGUAACUUUCAUAUCUUCUUUGAGAAAAAAACUGCGCCCCGCCUUUCACUAACUCACACACACACUCAAACACCCAAAACUAACGAUAGAUUUCAAUAUUAUUUGGCAUAGAAUUAGUAGAGACACACGGCUAAAAAAUACCUUUUGUUAUCUUUAAGUUAGCGCUGAUGAACACACUGUGAAUGAAAUGAACCGAACAAUGUUUUCCCCGAAAAACAAAACUCAUCCAAAAUCAAAAUAACGAAAGAGUAGGAGAAGAAUUAACUCUUAAACUGAAGACUUUCUACCGAAAUGUAAUUUAAAAUGUAACAAAAAUGCGAGAAAGAAAACUACAACUGAAAACCAAUAUAAUAUGUAUAUAUAUACACAUACAUAAAUAUAUGUAAACAUAUACUUUGUUUCUAUGAAAACAAUCGAAUAUGCUAAGUGCCUAUACUAACUAUUAUAUUAUGGUGUGACACGCAAGUACAGUCAGACCACUGAGCCAAGAACCAAAGCUGUGUCAUCCCUCCCUCGAUCAAACACUCCCCUUUCCCCCCACUCGCACAGUCACAUCAUGCUCACUCAAUCACUUAACUGCCUCUAGGACCUAACUUAACCCACAAUGAAAUGAAAUGAAAGCAAACAACCCAAACCAAUGAUUCAUUCAUUCGUUUGUUCGCCCACUGAUCUUUCGACCAGUCGGGGCUCGGGUGGGCUUUCCUGCCACUGGUUUAGGGGUCGAUGCGAUAGAUGGGGAGACACACAGCAACCCUCCCCCAACACAUAGUAUACCUUGCUCAGUGGUUUGUCAUGUACUCGGAACACUACAAAUUUAACUUUAAAUAAUUCAUAGAUUAUAGUUUGUCCCCAUUUGAUGAAAGACCCAAACCGAACCCAACUGAACCCCCCUCACCCUAACUAUCAUCCAAACCAAUCCACCCACACACCACACCACACCACAGACAUUAGUUUCGAACGUUCUCAAAUGAUUUUGUUGUGCUCAUCACUCACUGUCGGCUGCCACAAUAACAAACAGAGAACACACGGAACACAGAACACUGUACAGUGGAACCUCAGUAGGGCAGACACCGACUUGGACUGCGGACUGCUUUAGGUGAAAUGAAAUGUUAGAGCGAGAAAUUUGAUCGGUUGAGCGAGCGUGCGGCUGUGCGGCUGCUGUUGGUGGGGGAGCUGGAGCUGGAUGCGAGGCAGCCCCGUUCUUCCGGCAAUGAGAUGUGAUAUUAUGCAACUGACGGAUCGUCAAUUGUGUGCGACAAACAAAAAACAAAAUGAAAUAUACGGAAAAACGACUGCCCAAUUGGGUUUUCCUCCAGCAGCAGACACGUCCAGACAUGUUCACAUCUAGACUCACACCACAAACACACACACACACACACGCAGAGAAAGAGAACAGCAAGAGAGAGAGAGAGAGUAGUAGGGUAUAGAGAAAGUAAAGAAACAUUGUUGAUGUUGAAUAAUUUUAAGGCAAUACAAUAAAUUAAAUUAAAUUGUUACAUUGUAAACCUGA